AUGUAGCGACUGGCUUGUUUACAAUACUGGGUAGUUGAGGGAGCGGGCGUGGCAUUGAACUAAGUGGAUUCAGAAAUUUUAGACAUGGCGAAGGACGAAGAAGUUUUAAUCACCAAGAGUAAAAGCAGCCGAGGUAUGGAGAAGUUUUGUCUGAUCUUGAUGAUAAUAGCAGCCCUGGGUUUAAUUGUUGGUCUCAUCGCCUACCUAGCCACCAAUCCUCCUGGAGAUACCAGUGAUAACGUCCAGCCAAACUACCCUCCAAGUGCUGAAUAUGCCAUAGAUAAUGGAGCAAAAUGGUUAAAAGACAAUCAAAUGACUGCAAUGGGAUGGAAAGAUCAACAGAAUGCGGAUGCUACCUUAGGCCUCACACUGGGCCGAAUGACCACAUAUCGCCCGGGUAACUGCGAUUUUAACAUCAUGUCAAAGAGUCUGGAGUACGAUCUCCUAUCUGCAUUAAUGAGGAACCCAGCAUUUGAUGACAUCAUAUGGGGACGCUCUCUGCUGGCAAAAUAUGUCAUCGCAUUGAGAGCAGCAUGCAUAGAUGCCAAAGAUUUCCAUGGAUACAAUUUGAUAAUGAUUUUAGAUAAACUGUACAAUAAAUUUAACAAUUUCUACACGAAUCGAAGUGACGCUACGGCCAUGUUAGUUUUGGCUAAGUGUGUGUCUGAAGAGGAACAAAAUGAUGCCCAAAUCAACGUUCUACAGAAGAAUGAUGCAUUCACAUCAGUAGAUGAAUCCAGCCUGGUGCUCCUGGCAUUGUCUUGUGUAAACCAUUCCAUGUACUACUCCACCAUAAAUAAGGCAGAGGAAUAUCUGAUGGGAGAGUUUGUUAACGGAAGUUUUGGUGACACCUACAAGACUGGUCUUGCUGUUCAGGCCUUGACACGGUCCAACAGAACUGACGUGGACAAAACCAUAGAAGCAGGACUACUGUAUUUGGCUCAAGAGAUACAAAGCAAAAGGCAGGGGAAACUACUGAACGUUGGAGAGGCAUCUCACGUAUUACCGGCUCUGGCCAAAAUGUCUUACGCAGACAUCAAAGGGAAAUGUACAGAGAUAAAAAAACCAGGAUCUACAGGUAUGACUGUAAAUGUCACAAUUGAGGUGGAUGGACGUGCCAUAAACAAUAAUAGUGUACAACAAACUUUCCCAGCAGUGACCAUUGAAAAGGGUCAGUCUCUAUAUGCUGUCCUCAAUAAACUUCAAGACAGCAGCAGUUUUACAUUCAAAAGUACACUGACAUCAUAUGGCCGCACUCUUACAGAAGUCAUGAAUUUACAAGUUAAUCUGAAUUCUGUUCAGAGUUGGAAUGUAUACCUGAGUGGAAAUCCUGCCCAACAGAGCAUGUAUUUGGAUAGGAUUAUACCUGAAGAUGGAUCUCAAUACAUUUUAAGAGCAGAGCCAAAUUAAAAUGGUUAUCCUUCAAGGUUCAGGAGUUUCUGAAGCAUUUCAUUAUCACCCAGUUUCCAACAAAGCCUGCAUUUAAAUCUUAUAACUUCAUUGGAGGGCACAGUUUAAUAUACAGGACAAUUCCUGUUUAUUAAGAAUUACACUUGUAAACCAAACCAUGAAGACUAUGUGAAUGUUUACCAAUUCAUUUUUAAAUAAUCAUACAGCUUACAAGUUUUAAUAUUCUUACAUGUAAAUGUGAUACUUAAAGGACAGAUAUUUUAUCAAAUUGUUAUAUUUUAUAUACAUGUAUUUUAACAAGACUAUUUUUGUCAUAUUUUUGUGAGUGUCACACAUAUAUAAAGAAAUCCUGGUAUGCAUGUAUUCAACAUAAGCUAGAAUUUUAUCCUAGAGAUGUCAUUUUUUCUCUUGCACAUUUAAAUGCAUUGAUCGAAGUGUCAAGUAUGUUGUUUUGUAUAUAACAUUAAAAGGAAUUAAUAAAACAGAAUAAAUGAG